UUACGCCAUGGGAGGCGGUGAGAAGGGCGUGGCUUCCGAGGCCCCGCCCCCGUCGUGACGCCGGGCUCCUGGGUGCAAGUUGGGCUCCGCGGGCAGGUGCUUGGGUCCAGGAUGGCUUCGGACUCGGGGGACCGCGGGACCCUCUGCACGCUGGAGUUCGCCGUGCAGAUGACCUGCCAAAGCUGCGUGGAUGCCGUGCGCAAGUCCCUGCAAGGGGUGGCAGGUGUCCAGGAUGUAGAGGUGCAGCUGGAAAACCAGAUGGUGUUGGUGCAGACCUCUCUGCCCAGCCAGGAGGUGCAGGCGCUGCUGGAAGCCACAGGGCGGCAGGCAGUCCUCAAGGGCAUGGGCAGCAAGCAGUUGCAGAAUCUGGGGGCAGCAGUGGCCAUUCUGGGAGGCCCGGGCACCGUGCAGGGGGUAGUGCGCUUCCUGCAGCUGAGCCCUGAGCGCUGCCUCAUCGAGGGAACCAUUGAUGGUCUGGCUCCCGGGCUGCAUGGACUGCACGUUCAUCAGCUCGGCGACCUUACAAAUGACUGCAGCAGCUGUGGAGACCACUUUAACCCCGAUGGAACAUCUCACGGGGGCCCCCAGGACGCUGAGCGGCACCGAGGAGACCUGGGCAAUGUCCAUGCUGACGCCGAUGGCCGAGCCGUCUUCAGGAUGGAGGACGAGCAGCUGAAGGUAUGGUGGGAGGGAGGGUGGGGCCCUUCAAGUGACGUUUCAUCGUCUGACCCUGUUGUUAACCCCAAGGUGUGGGACGUGAUUGGCCGCAGCCUGGUCAUUGAUGAAGGAGAAGAUGACCUGGGCCGUGGUGACCAUCCCUUGUCCAAAAUCACGGGGAACUCUGGGGAGAGGUUGGCCUGUGGCAUCAUUGCACGUUCCGCAGGCCUUUUCCAGAACCCCAAGCAGAUAUGCUCCUGCGAUGGCCUCACCAUCUGGGAGGAGCGAGGGCGGCCUAUCGCCGGCAAGGGCCGGAAGGAGCCCGUUCCACGCCCAGCCCACCUCUGAGCCUGUUCCCUUGUUCCCAGCAGACCACUUUCCUCUUCCAGGGGGGAACU